UUAGAAAAGUUUUAAAAAGAUGUCAGAAGGUUUGCUAGGUAUUUGCGUUUUUUUGUCAGUUCAAACUUGCCAUCGUACUAUAAAUAAUCAGCAGGGUCUUCAUAUUUGCCAAGAAAUUAAUUGAGCUGUAUCGCAUCUUUUAUCAAAAUCUAAAUAUUGUGUGGCUUUGUCAGUCACGAAUCUUUCAGGUGUUGUGUAACAUUGUGUAUUUGUGACCUCUAGUGGCUACUAGCAGCUUAAAAAAAACUACUCCAAUGCAUAAGAUGGGAAAUACAAAUAAAUUAAUAAAAGAUAAAACGCAAACAUUAGGAAAAUACUAGAAGAGCAAAAAAAAAAAAAAAGUCAAAAAUCAAGAAAAAUAAAGAAAAAAACUUAAAUGCAAUUUAAAACCAGGAAAUAAAAAGGUAAAAACUGUGGACAGUGUAUACAGAAAAAUAUUAGUGAUACAAAAAUACAAGAUAGAAACUACCAAGAAUAUUGGGCAGAUAUGUGAAAAAUAUACACUAGCUUAAACAAAGUGUAAAAUAUGGAAAAGGUAGUAGGUUGGUAAAAAUACGAGAAUACAAAAUUAUACAACAAAGAGAAAUAUAGACAAAAAUAACUACAUAAAAAUACGCUAAAUCAGACAAUACCAAAAUAUUAGACAAAAAUGGGACACGUUACAUAAAUGGAAAAAUAUUACAAAACACCAAUAGAGGGACUUUAUUUUUGAAACAACAUCAAAGGACAAGAUCAUAGAAAAUGAUCAAUUUUCUAUUAAGACAAAUACAAGCAUUAGAAAAAUGGUAUUUCCCAAGAAUUCCAAAAUAUUAGACCUAUAAACUGUACACAUAUAUAAUGGAGAUUCGGGUAGUAUUUCAAUAAAUACGUUUGGUUAUAGCUGCAGUUUUUGUGUUUUCUAGGUUUAGCAUUUGGGUAAAUGUCCAGUUUUUAUUUCCAAACGUUGGCCCAAAACGGACGUGACGUAUAUCGAUGACGUAAGGGAUUGUUUUGCUAGCAGGUAGCCACCUGGCUAACCUCGUCAAAGCUGACCAAAUUUGUGGGAAAUUUCGCUCACAUUACAAGCUUAUCCUCUUUUAUUUUGUGUGUGUUUGAUACUUGUGACGUAACUUUGAACGUUCGGCUUCUUCGACGACGGCAAAAGGGAAAAGAUGAACGGAAGUACGAACCCGUUGCUGGACAAAGAAGAACAUGUUUUGAAGCUCGGGGAAAGCUUCGAAAAAACGCCAAAGUCCUCCUUUCACACCAUCAGAUAUGAUUUCAAACCGGCGUCCAUCGACACGAGCUGCGAAGGAGAGCUCCACGUGGGCAAAGGAGACGAAGUCACCAUCACGCUGCCCCACAUUCCGGGCUCCACGCCGCCCAUGACUGUGUUCAAAGGCAACAAGCGACAGUACCAGAAGGACUGCGUGCUCAUCAUCAAUCACGACACGGGCAGCUUCGUCCUGGAGAAGCUCAGCAGCAGCAUUCAGGUCAAGAAAACCAGGGCGGAGGGCAGCAGUAAGAUUCAGGCUCGCAUCGAGCAGCAGGCGGCGCGGACGAACCAGCCGGGACCUCAGUUCCGGGCCCCCACUAAGCCGGGCGUCACUGCAAAGACGUCGCCCUCCAAGGACGACCCUUCGCCCGAACCGCAGUUGGAUGACAUCAAGAGAGAGCUGCGCGCCGAAGUGGACGUGAUCGAGCAGAUGAGCAGCAGCGGCUCGUCCGGCUCAGACAGCGGCUCGCCCAGCGCGGGCGACAGCAGCGACGACGGCGGCGCCAACGAGCGGGAGGGCGUCCGCCCGCCGGGCCCCGUCUGCGCAUCGCCGCCCGGCCGCCACGCCCUCGCCAACGGGGGCGCCGAGCGGCAGCCGCCUGCCAACCACCAGCUCAUCAACACACUCAGAAGUGAUCUUCAGCUCAGCGAGUCAGGGAGCGACAGCGAUGAUCACUAAACCGGCCAGCUGCUGCCACCGACGGACAGACGGACCGCAGCUACCUCCACUGGCCUAACUGUACCUUUUCGUUGUUAUUUUUAAGGGUAUCUCCCCCCCCCCCCCCACGCAAGAAAAUGAGUAUUUUUUUCCCCCUUAUGAUGUCACAUAUUUAAUUUUGUACAAGAGAAAAGACUUUAUAGAUUGAAACUUCUAUAUGAGAGCAUGAUUUAUUUUCUAUACUUUUGUUCUUCUGUCUUAGAGCUACAUCCUUGUAGUUUUAGCAAAAAUACAUUUUUGAAAUGGACACCAAGUAAUGUCACAUUUAAGGACACCAAAGUCCAAACAGGUUAUCCACUAUUUAAUUUUUUUUUUAAAGUUAUAGGAUUUUUCUCAAGUAAAAAACCAAGACCAAAACCCAACUAUGUGGGGGAAAAAAAAAAAAGACUAACCACGUCAAAUACUGCAACUAAAUACAAACUAGCAAAUAAGUUUUACAAAAGUACACAUUUAAAAAAUUUGAGAAGUCGAAACAGUCAUUUCAGUUCACCAGUAACAUAAGUGUUUCAAGUGGAUUUUCAUAUUUAUUGAAAAAAAAAAAAUUGACUGGAAUCUGGCCCUCAGAGGAGACUUGACCACAAAAUGGUUCAUUUUAAUAAAUCAAUGACAUGAAAAUCAGUCAAUUGGUGUUUUAAAGGAAAUUUAGACCGUCAUUUAUUUAUAUAAAACAGUCCAGAUUUUUAGCCUCAGGUGAGAUUAAUUCAGAAACCAAUCAGUGACAUGAUUUAGCUUCUCAAUUAGUCUUGGAAAGGUCAUUUUCAGAAUUAGCAGGGAAAAAUUACUUGAACUCGAGUCGUGAGACAUUUGUAGCUUCAGAAGAUAGCUACAAAAAAAGUGUAAUUUAAAUAACAGUAGGUCACAUGAUCAAAUGACAAUUUGUUUAAUACUUUUUCGGGGUCCUGUUACUUGUUAUGAUCAGUGUUUUGUUGAAAGUAUUUUUGGUAUUUCUAUUUUGGUGGUGAUUUUGUAUGAAAACGCAGCAGAGAGGAUGCGGGUGUGGCCACUUAAAACUCUGCAGCUUCAUGGUGUUGUACAAAAGUCGUUCAAAUAAAACUGAAAAAGAG